GGUCAUAUACACAUGUUGAGAUUUGCAUGUAUUUUGAUUAUAUAUACAUCAAAUAAUCAAUUUCUGAAAUUAUUCGAUUUUACAUCGACUCUUUCUGUAAAAAAAACAACUUUUAAAAAUCGCAUAUUUCACCCGUCCGAAAAAUUCCGACUGAAUUACUUCCCCUUGUCUCAGUGCGCUAUGACGUCAUUACUGAACAUUCAAUCAUAACACCGUGUCCGCCAUUACUAGAAAGUAUUGCUGAAUUACGAUAAAUAAAACUCUGAUAAUGGAAGAAUUCUCAGAUGAAUCGGAUUAUUUCGAAGGGGAAGAAUACAGACUCCAACCUUAUCAGUUUGAGCCAACGAAUGAUAGCUUGACAGUGAGUGAAUCUUCGAGUUCAGACUCGGAAUAUGAUGGCGAGGAAGACGCAAUUCCCGAUGUGUCAGAUUGGUGUAGAUGUGAUCAGUGCAUACCCAUGCCAACAGCCAAUGAAUGUAGGUGCUGUCGCACUAUGAAUAUUGUGGACCAGAAGACUGAAGGCCUUCAGUGUAUCACAGAGCACGAAGGAUUUCAAGUGAAUUGUCUGAACAUCCAUGUUUUGGAGACUUCAUAUUACGAGUAUGUUCUGGAUCGGGGGCAGUUGGAGGAAGACCAACUUAUUCACGAAUUGUACAGGUAUCUUGCCUACAGAAGAUUUACCAGAUGGGUGUAUGGAUUGCUGUCCAAAAAGUGCCGCAAAGUGAUACCGUCUUGUGCUGUGAAGGCUAUAAGAGACACUUUCCCAUCAGAGGAGUACUGUGGAUUUAAAUACCCGCAGUGAGAUUUGAAACUUCAAAGACAAUUAAGUUAACAAACUUUGAAUUUAUAACACUAUUGUUUUAAACCAGUUACCACUUUUAAUAAAAUUUAUAAAAUC